UUCACUACGUUUCACCUUUUCUCUUUUCUUUCUUAUCACUAUUACCACUCAAACCCAAACACCCACAGCCAGAGACAGAGAGCGAGAGCGAGAGUGAGAGAAAAAGAGAGAGAGAGAGUCUGUAUCUCUCUGUGUGUGAUUUUCACAGUCUCUGACUGCUACAAUCUCAGAGAUUUGGUAUUUGUCAGUUAGGUGCAUACAAGGCCUUAAUUUGUCGCGCCGAGAUGGCGACGAAUUUAGUGAUGACGAGUAUACUAGAAAAGAUGACGGGAAAGGAUAAAGAUUAUAGAUACAUGGCAACAUCUGAUUUGCUAAAUGAGUUAAACAAACCGAGUUUUAAAGCAGAUGCUGACCUGGAGAUAAAAUUGUCAAAUAUAAUCAUCCAACAGCUUGAUGAUGCGGCUGGCGAUGUUUCAGGAUUGGCUGUGAAAUGUCUUGCUCCAUUGGUCAAGAAGGUCAGCGAGGCACAAGUUGUGGAGAUAGCUAAUAAACUCUGUGAUAAACUGCUAAAUGGGAAGGAUCAGCAUCGUGACAUUGCUAGCAUAGCUUUGAAGACAAUAGUUGCUGAAGUUUCUACUCAAUCUCUUGCACAGUCUAUUCUUAUUGCAGUUACUCCACAAUUGAUAAAAGGAAUUACUGGUCCAGGAAAAAGCACUGAGAUCAAAUGUGAAUGUCUUGAUAUUUUAUGUGAUGUUCUCCAUAAAUUUGGUAAUCUAAUGGCAGCUGACCAUGGGCUGCUUUUAAGUGCUCUUUUGUCCCAGUUGAAUUCAAAUCAAGCCAGUGUCAGAAAGAAGACUGUGUCUUGUAUUGCAUCUCUUGCUUCUAGUCUGUCAGAGGAUUUGUUGGCUAAGGCUACAGAUGAAGUUGUUCGGAACUUGAGAAAUAAGGGCACAAAAUCAGAACUGACCCGUACAAACAUUCAGAUGAUCGGUGCUUUGAGUCGUGCUGUCGGAUAUCGUUUUGGACCCCAUCUUGUUGACACUGUUCCAGUGCUGAUUAACUACUGCACAAGUGCAUCGGAGAAUGAUGAGGAGCUUCGUGAGUAUAGCUUGCAGGCACUGGAAAGUUUUUUGCUCAGGUGUCCUAGGGAUAUUUCUUCUUAUUGUGAUGAAAUUCUUCGCCUUUCCCUGGAGUAUCUAAGUUAUGAUCCAAACUUCACUGAUAACAUGGAGGAGGAUACUGAUGAUGAGAGCCAUGAGGAGGAGGAAGAUGACGAGAGUGCAAAUGAAUACACAGAUGAUGAGGAUGUCAGCUGGAAAGUCCGACGAGCAGCAGCCAAAUGCUUAGCAGCAUUAAUUGUAUCUCGUCCUGAACUGCUCUCAAAGCUAUAUGAGGAGGCUUGUCCAAAAUUGAUUGAUAGAUUUAAAGAGAGGGAAGAAAAUGUGAAGAUGGAUGUCUUCAAUACAUUCAUUGAGCUGUUGCGUCAAACUGGAAAUGUGACAAAAGGGCAGAAUGACAUGAAUGAAUUGAGUCCAAGAUGGUUAUUGAAGCAGGAAGUGCCAAAGAUUGUUAAAUCUAUAAAUAGACAGUUACGUGAGAAAUCCAUCAAGACAAAGGUUGGGGCAUUUUCUGUUUUGAAGGAACUUGUGGUUGUCUUGCCAGACUGCCUUGCUGAGCACAUUGGAUCACUAAUUCCAGGAAUUGAAAAAGCAUUAAGUGAUAAAUCCUCUACCUCGAAUUUGAAGAUUGAAGCUCUUAUAUUUACUCGAUUGGUGUUAGCUUCGCAUUCUCCUCCUGUGUUCCACCCUCACAUUAAGGCUCUUUCUGGUCCUGUUUUAUCUGCUGUUGGUGAGCGUUAUUAUAAAGUUACAGCUGAGGCAUUAAAAGUAUGUGGGGAACUUGUCCGUGUUGUGCGGCCAGAUAUUGAGGGUUUCGGUUUUGAUUUUAAAGCAUAUGUUCAUCCCAUUUACAAUGCUAUAAUGUCACGCUUGACAAACCAAGAUCAAGAUCAGGAGGUUAAGGAGUGUGCUAUCUCUUGCAUGGGACUUGUUGUGGCAACAUUUGGUGAUAACCUCAGUGCAGAGUUGCCUGCAUGCCUUCCUGUACUUGUUGAUCGGAUGGGAAAUGAGAUAACCCGGCUUACAGCUGUGAAGGCAUUUGCUGUCAUUGCUGCCUCUCCACUUCAAAUAGAUUUGUCAUGUGUUUUGGAGCAUGUAAUUGCAGAAUUGACGGCAUUUCUACGGAAGGCUAAUCGGGCUUUGAGGCAGGCUACAUUGGGAACCCUUAAUUCCCUGAUAGUUGCUUACGGUGAUAAAAUUGGUCCAUCUGCUUAUGAAAUUAUCAUUGUGGAACUUUCAUCUCUGAUAAGUGAUUCGGACUUGCAUAUGACGGCUCUUGCCCUGGAACUAUGUUGCACCCUGAUGGCUGACAGGAGGUCAAGCCCUAGUGUUGGUUUGGCUGUUAGAAACAAAGUUCUUCCACAAGCACUAACAUUAAUCAAAAGCUCAUUGCUGCAGGGGCAAGCCCUUUCGGCUUUGCAAAGCUUUUUUGCUGCAUUAGUUUAUUCAGCAAACACUAGUUUUGAUGUCUUACUAGAAUCUCUUCUUUCAAGCGCUAAACCAUCUCCACAGUCGGGAGGCGUUGCAAAACAGGCUUUGUAUUCAAUUGCGCAAUGUGUGGCUGUUCUCUGCCUUGCUGCUGGUGAUCAGAAAUGCUCAUCGACUGUUGAAAUGCUUACUGAAAUCCUGAAAGAUGACAGCAGUUCCAAUUCAGCUAAGCAGCACCUUGCCUUGCUAUGUCUUGGUGAAAUUGGGAGAAGGAAAGAUCUAAGCUCGCAUGCACAUAUUGAGAAUAUUGUUAUUGAAUCGUUUCAAUCUCCUUUUGAAGAGAUAAAGUCUGCAGCCUCCUAUGCUCUUGGAAAUAUUGCUGUUGGUAAUCUGUCCAAGUAUCUGCCUUUUAUCUUGGACCAAAUUGAUAAUCAGCAGAAGAAACAAUAUCUUUUGCUUCAUUCCUUGAAGGAGGUAAUUGUACGACAAUCCGUAGAUAAAGCAGAAUUCCAGGAUUCUAGUGUUGAGAAGAUUCUUAAAUUACUAUUCAAUCACUGUGAAAGUGAUGAAGAGGGUGUUCGUAAUGUUGUAGCUGAGUGUCUGGGGAAAAUUGCACUUAUCGAACCUUCAAAACUUGUUCCAGCACUUAAGGUACGAACAACCAGUCCAACUGCAUUCACUAGAGCUACGGUUGUCAUUGCUGUAAAAUAUUCUAUAGUUGAGAGGCCUGAGAAGAUAGACGAGAUUAUAUACCCUGAGAUCUCAUCAUUCUUGAUGCUUAUAAAGGAUCAUGACCGGCAUGUUAGGCGUGCAGCAGUGUUGGCUUUAAGUACGUUUGCGCACAAUAAGCCAAACCUAAUCAAGGGGCUUCUUCCAGAAUUAUUGCCACUUCUUUAUGAUCAGACAAUUGUUAAGCAAGAAUUAAUAAGGACAGUUGAUCUUGGUCCUUUCAAGCACAUUGUGGAUGAUGGACUUGAGUUGAGAAAGGCUGCUUUUGAAUGUGUGGACACAUUGCUUGAUAGUUGUCUUGACCAAGUGAAUCCUUCUUCUUUUAUUGUUCCAUACCUGAAAUCUGGUCUGGACGAUCAUUAUGAUGUCAAAAUGCCUUGCCACCUUAUCCUUUCAAAACUUGCGGAUAAGUGUCCAUCUGCUGUAUUGGCAGUGUUGGAUUCACUGGUGGAUCCUCUGCAGAAGACUAUCAAUUUUAAGCCAAAGCAAGAUGCUGUCAAGCAAGAAGUAGAUCGUAAUGAAGACAUGAUUCGCAGUGCUCUUAGAGCAAUUGCAUCGUUGAAUCGCAUAAGUGGAGGAGAUUGCAGCCUUAAGUUCAAGAACCUUAUGACUGAAAUAUCAAAAUCACCUACGCUAUGGGACAAGUACUAUUCCAUUAAGAAUGAGUGAUGGACAUAUCAAGACCUAGCUGUCAUAGUGUUAUAUCGGAGUUUCCCUGCAAGGAAUGAUGGAAUAGAAAAUUGCUCCGAUGAUGCAUAGAAGAUAAGCUAUUUUGGUCAGAAAAAGGUUGAAGUGGUAAGGAUCAUGUCACCAUGUUCUUGUGGGGAAGACGACAUGUAUAGGCUAUGCAUCUGUCAUUUGGUUAUAUGAUGGUAUGACCAUUACUCUUCCCCCAGCCCAUGAUUUGGGUUGAAAAUGCAGAAUAUUUGUUUGCAUUUGAGGCAGAGUAAAGUUGAGUAUACAAUUACUUGUAUUGAUGAACAGAUAUGGAAAUGCAAUCCAAUAGAUAUUUUUGUCUCUUGAGCUUGAUUGUGUCAACUUACAUAUGAUUAUUGUCAUUUGCAGCUAUAAUGAAUGAACUUCUAGCCCCUUCUCUUA